AUGCUCGGUGGUGACUUUUUUCUGGCCCUGCCGCCUGGGCAACGACGACGACGCCGCCGCCGACGACGGCGGCGACGACGACGACAACGCCGACGGUGCGACUGCAGGGUGUGGGUGCCGUGUGGUGAGAUCGGGCGUGCGCCCCGGGGGUUGCGCACAGCACCGGCAGGCCCUCCUGCGCCCCAGUGGCCGCGUCCGCGACCACCCUGUCCGAAGCGGAGUCAGCUAGAGUCCGGUAGCCGCGGCCGCCCCCGCGACCGGAGCACGAGCGCAGCCAUGGCCGAGGGCCCGAAGGCGGAGAAGGUGCAGUGCUUCGGGCGCAAGAAGACGGCCGUGGCGGUGGCGCUGGUGCGCACGGCGAAGGAGGGGUCGAAGGGCGGUCAGAUCCGGAUCAAUGGCUGCCCAAUCACGACGGUGAAACCGGACAUCCUGCGCGUCAAGGUGUACGAGCCGCUGUUGCUCCUUGGGGCCGACAAGUGGAAGAAGGUGGACAUCCGGCUGCGCGUGAAGGGCGGUGGCUACACCUCCCAGAUCUACGCGCUCCGACAGGCUAUUGCGAAGGGCAUCGUGGCGUACUAUCAGAAGUACAUCGAUGAGGCCUCCAAGAAGGAGAUCAAGGAUGUCCUCAUGGCCUACGACCGCUCGCUGAUCGUGGCGGACCCGCGCCGCUGCGAGCCGAAGAAGUUCGGCGGCCGCUCGAGCACGAGCGCAGCUAUGGCCGAGGGCCCGAAGGCGGAGAAGGUGCAGUGCUUCGGGCGCAAGAAGACGGCCGUGGCGGUGGCGCUGGUGCGUACGGCGAAGGAGGGAUCGAAGGGCGGCCAGAUCCGGAUCAACGGCUGCCCAAUCACGACGGUGAAACCGGACAUCCUGCGCGUCAAGGUCUACGAGCCUCUGUUGCUCCUUGGGGCCGACAAGUGGAAGAAGGUGGACAUCCGGCUGCGCGUGAAGGGCGGCGGCUACACCUCCCAGAUUUACGCGCUCCGACAGGCUAUUGCGAAGGGGAUCGUGGCGUACUAUCAGAAGUACAUCGAUGAGGCCUCCAAGAAGGAGAUCAAGGAUGUCCUCAUGGCCUACGACCGCUCGCUGAUCGUGGCGGACCCGCGGCGCUGCGAGCCGAAGAAGUUCGGCGGCCGCUCGGCGCGCUCGCGCUUCCAGAAGUCCUACCGCUGA